UAUCUUCCCCUUCAAUGUGCGCAAAUUUGUUUCAGGCAGACGGUGGGGAUUUUAUAACUGUCGCAUGAGCGCUCUGUAAUUGGAGUAGCUAGUUGGUGUGCGUUUGUGUAAUCUAAUUUAUCUAGUUUCUCAGACUGUACAUUCAACAUGGGGACAGAGCAUGUAGGGAAUGAUGUCGUUUCUAAAGAGAACUUCCAGCCAUGUGCCGAAGACAUACAGAGGUGGAUGGCUAAUGCCUUUGACAUGGUUGGUUUGGCAUAGAGCAGCGCUUCCCAAAGCAAAAGAAGCUUUGGAGAAUGGUGAGGUGCCUGUUGGAUGUCUCAUGGUCUACAACAAUGAGAUUCUUGGAAAGGGGAGAAAUGAAGUGAAUGAAACAAAAAAUGCCACUCGCCAUGCUGAGAUGGUGGCUCUGGACCAGGUGCUGGAGUGGUGUCGUCAUAGAGACCUGGACCCCAGGACAGUGUGUGAGAGGACUGUGCUCUACGUGACUGUGGAGCCUUGCAUCAUGUGUGCAGGAGCUCUUCGCCUGACCAACAUUCCUCUAGUGGUCUAUGGGUGUAAUAAUGACAGGUUUGGUGGCUGUGGAUCUGUUCUAGACAUCCCCUCGGCUGAUCUACCUCACACUGGCUCAUCAUUUAAGUGUAUCUCUGGCUUCAGAGCAGAGGAAGCAGUGGAGAUGCUGAAGGAGUUUUAUAAACAGGAGAACCCUAAUGCUCCCAAGCCGAAGACGAGGAAGGAGUGAUAUUUUGUUGGUGUCCAGCAGGGGGCUCUAGACUUUAAGAAAUGAGGUGAGGAGCAGAGAAGGAUGAUGUAAAUGGAGUAGCUACAAAGCUUUUUCCCUAAACAGACUUGGAUUUGUCUUUCUGACAAAGGAAUCAAAUAGAUUUUUUUUGUGUUCUCACUUAUUUGCUCAGACGUUUGUGUUAGCACUCAUUUUCAUUUUCAUAUUAUUGACAGGGCGGCAGGGUAGCCUAGUGGUUAGAGCAUUGGACUAGUAACCGGAAGGUUGUCAGUUCAAACCCCCGAGCUGACAAGGUACAAAUCUGUCGUUCUGCCCCUGAACAGGCAGUUAACCCACUGUUCCCAGGCCGUCAUUGAAAAUAAGAAUGUGUUCUUAACUGACUUGCCUGGUUAAAUAAAGGUCAAAUUAAAAUUAAAAAACAGUAUAUUAGACCCUUACAGUAUAGUUUGGCUGGACACAAACGUCUGGAAAGUGGCUUGAUUGUGACGCUUUGCAGGCUCUGUAUCUUUCCUGUGUGUUUGGCUAUGUGAGGAGCUGCUGCUGACUUUAUUAUGGUUAUUAGUGUGCAGUACCAAGUAGACAGAAACUGUCCGGACUGCAUUAUUGUCUGGCUUCUCUUCUUCUCCAUGUUCUCAUCUAACCCAGAAUGUGAUCUCACUCCGAGCACCCUGGGUCUAGGAUGAGCUGAGCUUAAGGCAGGUACCGGGGGCCCCUCAGCAACCUCUAAAGGAGCUCUCUCUCUCUCUGGCGUCAGUCAUCAGCUGCCGUCAAGGAUCUGAAAUCAGUGUUGCCCCCCGAGGCCAUUUCCAACUCCAAUGUAUCAUGUCUGUGAUAGUUUCUGGGUUUGUUAUGCAUGUCUUGGAUUGUUAAGUACUGGCGUCGUCAUGUACAAUAGGAUGGUGGGGUUCUCUACUUUGAAAAUGUUGUGAUUACUAAGUGGCAUAGCUGCUUUGUGAUUUAUUUAUUUUCUGCUGAAGAACAAAUACGUAUUCACAGCAUUAGUCUCAGCGGGAGAAGGAACACUGAAUAGUAUAAUAGACUGGGAGCGCCCAUGCAGACAGUCCUGUCUCUCCUACUGAAUGACUAGGCCAGACUUCACUGCAGAGGGACCAUAUUUCAAUGUGGGACCAACUUAUUUCAGAUCAGAAAGGAGACAAAUGUCCGUUCCAUCGACUCCCGCAGGUAUUUUGAUCUCAGUCUCAGUAACCACCAACACUCACACCAGCACUGCAGUUUGGUGUGUGACAAACGGAAUGUGUUUGUAGCAUAGAGCACAGCUGUGAGGGGUAAUAGUCUGUCUGAAGCGCCUCCCCUUCACUUGCAGCAGGCAGGCAGCAUCCCUCAGCCUUAAACCCUUAGUGGUCUCUUCCCUGGACAGGAUCAGGAACAGAGGAAGUAACCGCCCAGUCAGCAUCAGACAGUUCCGGUUGUACCAGCUCCAAGUGACUGCUCCACACUGACCUGCUGUAGCUUUCACUAUGGUUUAAAACUCUCUCUUGUAAAUCUAAUAAAACCUUUUUGAAAUGCA